AUGGCAUCAGAAGCAGGAGUUGCACAUAUAUCGGCCGGGGAACUGCACAACAGGUUUCUUGAAGGUGAAGAGCCCGGACGGCAUUUUAUUCUUGUCGACCUGCGGGCGAGCGAUUUUAAGGGAGGGACCAUCAAAGGUUCUUUGAACAUCCCUAUGGAAAGUCUCCCGUCUGCCAUCCCCACUCUAUACCAUCUCUCCUCAUCUACUGAAAUAUCGGACGUCAUUUUCUUUUGCGGAUCUUCUUGCGGUCGCGGUCCUAAGGGCGCUGCCUUGUUUUCUGAUUACGCAGCCUAUCAAAGCAUUUUUUCGGCUUCCAAAGGGAGUCAAAAAAACCCUCGGGGUUUUGUUCUCACUGGCGGUAUUAAUGGAUGGGCUGAAGGAGAGAAAGAAUAUAGAGACUUGAUGGACGGUUAUGAUUCUGAACAUUGGACCUCUUGCUGA